CCCGCCAUCAAUGGCUUCACAGAAGACAACAGCUUCUUUUUGAAGAUCUCGAUCCCACGUGACCCUCCUCACUCGUCCCAUGUUCAUCACAAUGGCGCGUGUCCUUUCCACAAUUGUCUCAAACCCACAAUCGAAAGCCUACCCCAUCAACAUCUCAUCAGUUAUCACUAUGAAACCCAUUUCACCCAACGGUCACGAAUAAAUUCGUGACCCUCAAACCACAUUCCGACACGUCAACGUUACGAUCUCCAUCAUAAAAACUGCCCCACUCUGGCCCUCUUCAUGCUUGAAAAAUAGAAAAAAAGGAGUAAAAUUAGAAAGAAAACAAUUCUUCUAGUACGCUCAGUCAGUAGCUGCGAACUCUUCUUCCAAACCGGUGAAGAAAAGGGAGCAAAUGAGAUCCUAGAAUUCGCUUUCGUUUUCUUCUUUUAUUUACAAUCAUGCCAUCACGGUUUUCACCACCAGAAAUUGCGGUGGAGACACCGCCACACCACCAUCGUCACCUCCACAAAAACUUCCACCUCCUCCCUCCACUCCUUGCUGGGACCAUAACUAUAACUAUAAUGCUUUUAAUUGUCUUAAUCAUCUUCAUCUACCGGAAGCUCUAUCGCAACCGCACAGCUCCAUCGGAAUCUCCGAGCCAUCGUCACUGCCGUCGCUUCUCAUACUCCCUCCUUCGCCGCGCCACCUCAUCGUUCUCCCCUUCCAACCGGUUGGGACACGGCGGAUUCGGCUCGGUUUACAAAGGAACUCUCCCUAACUCACCUCAGCCACUCGCAAUCAAGAUUAUGAACUCAACAGAUUCGUUACAAGGAGAGCGUGAGUUCCACAACGAACUCUCUCUAUCACGCGCCUUGGAUUCUCCCCACAUUGUUCCUCUCAUUGGGUUCUCUUCAGAUUCCAGAAGAAGAAGGUUCGUCCUGGUUUACGAAUUAAUGGAAAAUCGGAGCGUGCAAGACGCGCUUUUGGAUAGAAAAUGUGAAGAGCUGAUGGGGUGGAGAAAAAGAUUUUGUGUUAUAAAUGAUGUGGCUAAAGGGCUUGAGUAUCUCCAUCAUUUUUGUGACCCGCCUGUUAUUCAUGGAGAUAUUAAGCCAAGUAAUAUUCUUUUGGAUGUGGAAUUCAAGGCCAAGAUUGGUGAUUUUGGGCUUGCUAGAUUGAAAACAGAGGAUCUAAUUGAAGGGCUUGAAGAAGGUGAAGGUUUGAGGAAAAAAGAUGUUGUUGGAGAGGAUAACGGAUCGAUUUUAGAAGAAACAGAGAGUGUUUUGACUGGGUUUGAAGAAGGGGCAAGUUUGACGGUUGCUGAUAGGUCACCAGAGAGCUAUGUGCUUAGAGUUUUGGAUUCGGAGGCGUCGCCGGCUGUGUCACCGGAGAUGGCAGUAGAGAAAGGAAGUGUUUUGUCUGAAGGGUUCUUUGAUAAGGUUAGUGUGGAAAGUGGGAGGGAUUUGGUUAGUAAUAAAAAGGGUAGUUCGAGAAGAGAUUGGUGGUGGAAGCAGGAUCCUGGAGGUGGGUCUGAAUCAGGAAGAGUUAAAGACUACGUAAUGGAAUGGAUUGGGAAUGAGAUCAAAAAAGAGAGACCCAAAAAUGAAUGGCUUGCUUCUCCAAGCUCAGUUGAUAAUAUUAAUGAUAGUAAGGUUUCGAGUUCGAAUGUGGAGCAAAAGAAGGAAAAGAUUCGGAGGAAGGAGCGGAAUAGGAAGCCGAGAGAGUGGUGGAAAGAAGAAUUUUGUGAAGAGCUCACUAAGAAGAAGAAAAAGAAGAAAAGAGAACCUAGUUCGAGUAGCAAUGGAGAAUUCUGGUGGCAAAGAGAUGAAGAAAUGAUAGAAAGGAAAAAGAAGAAGAGUAGUAGAGGCAGCAUUGAUUGGUGGUUAGAUGGAUUUAGUGGUGAGUUCAAAAUUGGGAGAAGAAAUAGCCAAGAUUGGGCAAGUGGGGAUAUACCAAAGAGCGGUGGAAUUAGUAGUACGCCGAGUAUGAGAGGAACGGUCUGUUAUAUUGCGCCUGAGUAUGGUGGCGGCGGUUUGCUUUCAGAGAAAUGCGAUGUUUAUAGCUUUGGGGUGUUGGUUUUGGUUAUAAUAUCUGGCCGUAGACCUCUUCAAGUGACGGCGUCGCCAAUGUCUGAAUUUGAGAGGGCAAAUUUGAUAUCUUGGGCAAGGCAACUGGCUUAUAAUGGGAAGCUCUUGGAACUUGUUGAUCCCUCCAUUCAUUCACUAGAUAAGGAUCAAGCAUUGCUUUGUAUCACCAUUGCAUUGCUCUGUUUGCAAAGAUCACCAAGCAAGCGGCCUACUAUGAAAGAGAUUGUGGACAUGCUUUCUGGUGAGGCUGAGCCACCACAUUUGCCUUUCGAAUUUUCACCUUCGCCGCCAUCCAAUUUCCUGUUUAAGUCCCGGAAGAAGGUUCGGUGAGUGUUGGAUCUUUGAUAGCGUUUUGAUUUAACUGUAGAGUGUGUACCUGUUGUAGGUCAUUUCGUUACUACUGGCUUAUGAAGAAAUAGUUGCAAAAAUGGAGAAAAAAAGUUGCUUAUAUCUCA